AUGUUGAGGCCUGGUCUGUCCACCACGGCGCUCUCGUCCUCUGCGGUGGCGCCGGCUGCCCUCAGCCGCCUGCAGAGCCUGGAAAAACACUUGAAAAAUGAAGACUUGGCAUUCAGUGGGGAAAUUGUGCAGCAUCUUGAAGAUACUAUUGCUGCUAUUAAAAAAUUGGAAGAAAUUCGAAGGCAUACCCUUGAAUGCCUGGAAGAAGAGACUAUAAAAAACAGCAAUCUUCGCUUCAGAAUGCGGAAUUUUCCAGGAGAGAUUAUUGCAGAGAUGUCAGCUCUUGUUACUGCUGCACGUGAGUCUAGUGCUGCUAAGAUAAAUCAGCUACAGUCUGCAUUGAAAAGCAUUGCUGAUGAAAUUGAAUUACUGGAUGAGAAGCAAACCCUUUGUGAAAGACAGAAUGCUGCACUGUGCGAGGAACAAGAAUACUUGCGGGCACAGUAUAAAGAAAGAGUAGACUUGCUGAAUGAAAGGAUGGCAACUAAAGUUAACACAAAUGCUCUCUUAAUUGAGACUUCUGAGAAAACGAGAGAUACAGAAAGAGAAAUAAUCAGGGCAAAGGUAGCAUUAGCAGAAUUGGAAGAAAAAAUAGCUGAAAAAAUGAGUAAACUUGAGAAAGAGAAAGAAGAAUGUGAUAAUAAGAAAAGAGAAAUGAAAAAAAUCCUUGAUGCUCAAGAGGCAAAAACUUCCAAGAAAAAGCAUGAAUUUGAAAACUUGAAUAUAAAAUUUUUGGACCUACAGCAUUUGAUAAGUGUGAAUUCAACGGCUAUAUUUAAUGAGGAAAUUCUCGUAGCAAAACUGAAAGAAAAAAGCAAGCAACUGGAAAAAACCCUGGAAUUUAAAAAGACAGACAUGCUGGCACUCUCAGAAAAGAAAAUUCAGCUUGAUGCUGAGUUACGGCUUUUACAAUCAAAAAUUACCCAAGAAAAGGAGGAUUUCAGUAAGGAACUUGAAAAGACUAAGGAAGAUCUAGGCAAUGCUAAAUACCUGAAUAAAAAACUUAAAUUAGAAAAUAAAGCUGUGUGCCAGAAGUAUGGACAAAUACUGGAAGAAGAACAAUGCUGGGCUAUAAAAAGGGAUGAGAUGGCAGCAAAAUUGGGGAAAUUAUCUGUUUUGCUGGAUGAAAAGCUUGAAUUUCUGGCAAAUCAUAUGAUGGAAAAGAAAAACCUAGAGAAAAAAAUUGAAAAACUUGAAGACAGCCUACU